AUGCAGCCGGUCGCCCCCACCAUGCAAAGUCUUAUACUGACGGUUCUGCUGUCCACCGGCAUGUUCCUUGCCACCAUCGGGAGGCCUAAUGCUCAGGAAAUUAGUUUCCAUCAGUUGAAGACCGACCUCCUGCAGACAAGCCUUGUUGAGCGCCUUGAGGUGGUGAACAAGGACAUGGUAAAAGUCUACCUAAGGCGCAAGCCACGGCCAACACCGCAGGCUGAAGGGGAGAUGGAAUUCGAAGGCAGUGAGCCAGUGCAGACCCUCCCGGCAGUCUACAAGUUCUACUUCUACAUCGGCAGCGUGGAUUUGUUUGAACGCCAGCUGGAGGAGGCUCAGCUCAACCUGGGGCGCAAGCCGGAGGAAUUUGUGCCAGUGACUUUUGUGACGCAGUGGAACAUUGCGCAGGAGCUGCUUUCACUUGCACCAAUGCUGCUUAUCUUUGGCGCAUUCAUGUGGUUCAAUCGGGGUUCGAUGGGGGCCUUCACAGGCAGCGGCGGUGGCGGAAGGAACUUGUUCAAUGUUGGCAAGGCACAGGUCAAGGUGUUGGACAAGAACGCCAAGGACAAAGUCACCUUCAAAGAUGUGGCUGGCUGCGACGAGGCCAAGGUGGAGAUCAUGGAGUUUGUAAGCUUCCUCAAGGCGCCCACAAAGUACAGGGAGCUGGGUGCCCGCAUCCCAAAGGGCGCCCUCCUUGUUGGGCCCCCGGGUACCGGGAAGACCUUACUGGCGAAGGCCACUGCAGGGGAGGCAAACGUGCCAUUCCUGAGCAUCAGUGGGUCAGACUUCAUCGAGAUGUUUGUGGGCAUCGGGCCCGCAAGGGUGCGGGACCUGUUUACACAGGCCAAGGCACAGAGCCCCUCAAUCGUCUUCAUUGAUGAGAUUGACGCGAUUGGCAGGUCCCGCGGCCGCGGCGGCUUUGCUGGUUCCAACGACGAGCGCGAGAGCACCCUCAACCAGCUGCUGGUCGAGAUGGACGGCUUCUCCUCAUCCUCAGGCGUCGUUGUCCUGGCCGGCACAAACAGGCCGGACGUCCUUGACAAGGCGCUGCUGAGGGCAGGCCGCUUCGACCGUCAGAUCAGCCUGGACAAGCCUGACAUCAGGGGCAGGGAACAGAUCUUCAGGGUUCACCUGGCAAAGAUCAAGCUGUCCAGGCCCUUGGAGUACUUCUCGGAACGUCUGGGCGCCCUGACGCCCGGCUUUGCAGGGGCAGACAUUGCAAAUGUGUGCAACGAGGCGGCGCUGAUCGCAGCAAGGAGUGGGAAGUCAAGCGUUGACCUGUCUGACUUUGAAGCUGCAGUUGACAGGGUCAUUGGUGGUCUGGAGAAGGCAAACAAGGUCAUAUCCAAGGAGGAACGCCGGACGGUCGCUUACCACGAGUCGGGCCACGCUGUCGUGAGCUGGUUCCUGGAACACGCAGAGCCGCUGAUGAAGGUGUCCAUUGUGCCCCGGGGCACUGCCGCCCUUGGCUUCGCGCAGUACCUGCCAAACGAAAACCUGCUGGCCACCACGGAGCAGCUGACGGAUAUGGCGUGCGUGGCCCUCGGGGGGCGGGCAGCCGAGGAAGUGCUGAUUGGAAGGAUAUCCACAGGUGCCCAGAAUGACCUUGAACGUGUCACAAAGAUGGCGCACGCUCAGGUGGGCAUCUACGGCAUGAACGGCAGGGUCGGCCUGGUGUCCUACCCGCAGGACGACAACGCCUUUUCCAGGCCCUACAGCGAGGCCACGGCGCAGCUGAUGGACGAGGAGGUGAGGGCCCUCGUGGAUAGGGCCUACGCGAGGACGGUGCAAAUGGUGAAGGAAAAGAGGCACCUCGUGUCAAGCAUGGCGGAGGCACUGUUGGAGAGGGAGGUGCUCAACCUGGAAGAUGUCGAGGGCCUCUUGGGGCCCAGACCUUUCAAAUCGGAGGAGCUGAGGAACAUCGACAGAUACAGGAAGGGCCUCCAGGCAGCAGCCCCCACCACCGAAGGUGCCGCAGGGCCACAUUCCUCACAGCGCGCCCUGGACAACUCCAAGCCAAGCAGCGGGCCAUCCACUGCAGAAGAUUCCGGAGCCACAGAUGUCGAUCCAGAGGCGCCCACUGAAGUUGGUGAGCAGGUUGGGUGUGGGGAUGGAUCCGGGGCGGGAUGCAGCGGGGUUGGGGCGGCGGGGGAGAGUGAAGCUGGCAGGUGUCAGGGAGGUAGGGGCAGGAGGACAGCCGCGUCGUGA